AUGGUACCCCAAUGGAAGUCGCUCCUCUUGCUGGGGCACUUCGUCCUCCUCGAGUCGGGAAGAGCGGCCUGUGAGGGGAUGGUCGGCCGACACCGGUUCUCAGGAGAGAGCCUCCCCCUCUCGCUGUGGCCCUCGACACGACCCAGCUCACCGGGCCCGAGCGUGGUGCAGCGCACCAGGCUCUCCCAGUCGGCCCUCGACCCAAGGGCGGCGUUCAUGGGUGGCAGUGAGUCCGUGGUUUACAAGGACCUCUUGGCUUUGCUGUCGGUGGCCUUUGAGAACCAGCGCACCGUCAUCCACCAGCAACGCAGCCGAAUGGACCGCCUGCUCGCAGAGUUCGCGGACAUUCGCCAAGAGCUGGAGGAGGACCCAGAGCUGCAGAUGUUGUAUGCAGAAGUGCGACGGCAGAGAAAGGAUAAAGACGGCAGCAAGAAGAAGAAAAAAUCAAAAAAGAAAACCAAGAAAGAACAGGAUGAACUUGCUGUGGGCAGCAGGAAGUUGCACGAGCUGUAG